AUGUCUCACUCCAAAAAAGCAGCCGAUGGUUCCGUCAUCCCAAACGGAUACUGUGACUUCUGUCUGGGCGGCUCGAAGAAAACUGGCUGUCCCGAAGAUCUCAUCUCCUGUGCGGACUGCGGCCGAUCAGGUCAUCCGUCGUGCCUGCAGUUCACGGUGAACAUGACGGCGGCGGUGCGGACCUACCGCUGGCAGUGCAUCGAGUGUAAAUCCUGCAGUCUGUGCGGCACCUCGGAGAACGAUGAUCAGCUUUUGUUCUGUGAUGAUUGCGACAGAGGGUAUCAUAUGUAUUGUCUAAGCCCCCCUAUGUCGGAGCCUCCUGAGGGGAGCUGGAGUUGCCAUCUGUGUCUGCGGCAGCUAAAGGAAAAAGCAUCCGCCUACAUCACACUAACCUAAUCUCCGUGCCCUACUUCACCCUAGCAGUCUCAUCCUCCUCUAUCCCAUCAUCACCGAUCCAAAGAGACUCCCCAACAUCCACCAGAAGACAACACGCUCCAUCUGUCAAUGCGGGCUGCAAGGAAAAACUAGGGUGCGACUAACAUUUUAGCACGUCAGGUGGGACUCAAGCAGACCUUUUCCUCGCCAGUCCCUCCAAAGAGCUCCUUCCUUCGAGGAUUAUUGCCCGACUCCAUCUUUUGGCGGUUAGACAAGUAGUGCCAAACCGUUUGUCACUGAUGGGACAUUUUGCACGAGUUACAAGGGGACGGAGUCUCUGUGACAUCAUUAGAUGGUGCACCAAAUGCAGAUAGGCAAGCAUCACAUGAUCUCAGCACAGGUUUUGGUUUAGUUUAGGUCUGGUGCCAUUGGUUUUUAGUGGUGUAUCAGACACCAGCACGUAAUGAGAUCAUACGUCCUCAUUCAAUUUGGCCUUAUUCUAGCUGUAAUUAGACUUCUGUUGUAGAGAUGAAUGGAUUCUUCAAUAAUUGAUGUCCCUUGAAGGUACAGCUUUUGGUUCUUGAGACACGUUACACUGAAUUUUAAAAAAGGUGAUUUAUCAUGAGCGCAGUCUGUGGUCAGAGGAAUAUUCUGGGUUCAGUUUAAGCUAAUCUUAUUUGAAAGCACUUAUGAGAAGAUGUUGAUUACCACAAAACCUUCCUCCUUUUCUUAGAAAAUUAGGGUUGUUAGUGUACACACAGUCUAAAUAGGCUCCAUUUGACAUACGGUUACCAUACAUUAUAACUUAUUUCAAUGACAUUAUUUAAAAAAUAUAUAUUUUCACCCAUGUUUUAAUUUUCCUAAAAGAAAUCUACAUUGCUGAGUGCUAGUUUUAGUCUUCUGUUAAGUUAAAAUAGGCUAAUCAGUGAUAGGCAAUCAUGUCAUUGUAUAUUUGUCAUCAUAUAAGGAACAAAGUUACCAACCAAUCGCAUUUCCAUAUCAAUCAAGUUUCAGUGAAUGUAGGACCUAUACCGUACAUGUCAGUAGCUAUGUUUCCAUCUAAAGACGCAAAUUAAAUCUAUGCGCAAAACUGGAUUAUUGCAUAAAAGAUGUGCGGAUGAAGCAGCGUUUCCAUCCAAUAAAUCAAAGAGAACAAAAUCGUCACUUCCUGAUUAAU